AUGAAAGAGAUAAAAGAAGGUGAUGUUUUGUUGCCCACCAGGUGUGAAUCAUGUAGAGUUGCUGUCAAGGAGUUCCAAGAAGAAUCAGAGAAGUUAUCCAAAAAAUUUGUAAGUUAUAUUUGUUUUUUAGGUAUUAUUUACUGACAUUUUUAAAGUUUUAAUUUAAUCGGGACGCCUUUUAGAAGGUUUAAAAUUUUUUUGUAACCGUUUGUAACUUAUAGAUGAGUAUUUUUUGUUAAGUGGCAGUCCUGUCGUUGUAGGCCUCACAAGGAGUUCAAGAAGGAGUAUUUUUGGACAUGAUUGAGAACUUUUGUGAGCGUAUGAUGAAGUUCAAUGUUCACCGUGAUAAGUAUGGAGUAGACCGUUUUCAAAAGACUCAAAGCGAAUUUAUUGGCAAAUUGAAGCAAUUGGCCGAUCAAGGGACUAAAGUAAGGUUCUUCCUUUGUGCUUGAAAGAUUAUAUUUAUCAAUCUCCAUUGUUUUUAUAAGGUUUUAUGACUCACAUUGGGAUAUUAACUUACGCUAUCUUAUAAUUUACAUUAGUACAUACUCGAUAAUACCUUGAAAUAUUCUGUAAAUCUGCCGUUUUUAGAUUACUUCUGACAUUCCAAUGAACUUAUGGGAUGAACCUCCAAUUGAAGCAGCUAGACUAAAGUUUGACUGUGAACAUGUUCUUGAAGUCAACGAGGACAUUCUGGAGGAGUGGUUCUACCAAGGGCGGUUCAAGCAAGAUGUUGUUGUAAGUUUAUAUUCAAGUGUCUAUGUAAAAUUUGAAAUUAUAUGAAAGCUUUCCUUUGGUUUUUUAAAUAUAAUCUAUAUUGUCAUGUUUGUUGGAAAAACGGUUUCUUUCUGUAUAAUUCAAAAAUAACUGCUAUUUAUAAAAGUUUUUCAGAAGAUGAUUUGCUAUGAUCGUCCAAAUGCUCUUUGUGCUAACGAGUCCACUGAAUCUCACUCCGAACUUUAA